CACUCCCAACCUGCCAAAGGGCCAAUCAGUUUGCAGUGAUGGUACAGGCACGGGUGCUUAUCGGCGUAGACGCCAAUACCGACGACAAUAUUCUUGUGCCGAUCGCAGUCGUGAAGAUUCUCGCGAUAGAACCAGUGACACUAUCAACACUGAUUCCUCCACAAUUUAUCCAACCAAUCCAACUGAGCGCAUCAGUUUCGACGGCAGCGAUUGCGGCGCACUCGCCUAUCAGCCAUUACACUGCAGUAGUCGUAAUUUAAAUAUGUUGCAGGAGGAGCACUCCACAUCUAUAGCAGAACGUUGUACGCGAAGCCGUAUCAAUUCGGCGAUAUUCGUUUCAUCGGAUGGAAGAGGAUUUGAUUCCAUUGAAUUCCUGCGAAGGCAUGGCUCACAAAGUGUACUCUGUCGAAAAGCCAAAAGUGCAGAGAACAUAACUGAUAACGACCGAAAAAAAAGUUUCUCGGAAAAGCGACAAUGGCGCACAAAUGAUGGCACUGAUACUAAUACCGAUGAUGAGACUAGGGAUAAUAUGUGUAUCGAACUACAAGAAUGUAGACCAAUGGUUGAUAAAUCUAAUCGAAAUGAUAGUGAAAUAAGAGCAACAACAAGUUUACUGGGAAAUAUUGCCCCAGUAACUACAUCAAACAUGAUUGUUGGUAGUAUAUCGAUUGAAGCACCACCAGCCUACAUGAAAGACGAUAGUAAUAGUGCUUUAAAUACUAUUCUUGAUAUACAACAAGAACCACUAUUGAUAAGAACGCCUCCAAAAACAACUUCACGUGACUCCACCGAUACAGUCGAAGAACUCAUUCUUGUACCCAAUGAAACUAGAUCUAAAGUAUUAGUACAUCAACGUUCCUCAACAGCUUCAUCCACAGCACGCAGUCAAUCACCGCCAUUUUCAUCAACACACAGUAGUCCAAAAACGCUAACGCUCAAAGGCAUCAAACCAAAAAUUGGUACAUUACCUAUGGUUUCAGUAUCAGGUCCUUCACCACCACACGAAAAACCGCCACCGUCCGAUUGCUUGUAACAAAUGGCAGCCGAGACAUUUAUUUAAGAGUGUUUAAAAUCAUGGAAUGGAAGGAAAUUUAUGAUCAUUUGCAGCACUAUAUAAACAUACAAUAUAUAAAAGCCAAAAUAUUAAA